AUGGAUUUUGAUUUAGAACCAUCAUUAAAAGAUUUAAUUCAACAAGAUACUUUAAAAUGGAUAUUUGUUGGUGGUAAAGGUGGUGUUGGUAAAACUACAACUUCUUCUUCAAUUGCUGUUCAAUUAGCUUUGCAAUAUCCAAAUGAUGAAUUUUUAUUAAUUUCAACUGAUCCUGCUCAUAAUUUAUCAGAUGCUUUUUGUCAAAAAUUUGGUAAAGAUGCUAGAAAAGUAGAAGGUUUGUCUAAUUUAUCAUGUAUGGAAAUUGAUCCUGAAGCUGCAAUGAGUGAUUUACAACAACAAGCUCAACAAUAUAAUAAUGAUCCAAAUGAUCCAUUAAAAUCAAUUAUGAAUGAUAUGACUGGUUCAAUACCUGGUAUAGAUGAAGCGUUAUCAUUUAUGGAAGUUUUAAAACAUAUUAAAAAUCAAAAAGUUGAUGAAUCAGAUUCAAAAAAUAAAAUUUCAUAUAAAACAAUUAUAUUUGAUACUGCACCAACUGGUCAUACUUUAAGAUUUUUACAAUUACCGAGUACUUUACAAAAAUUAUUGGGUAAAUUUCAACAAUUAAGUGGUAAAUUAGGUCCAAUGAUGAGUAUGUUAGGUGGUGGUGGACAAUCUCAACAAGAUAUGUUUGCAAAAUUAAAUGAAGUUGAAAAAAAUGUAACUGAAGUUAAUGAGCAAUAUACAAAUCCUGAUUUAACUACUUUUGUUUGUGUUUGUAUAUCUGAAUUUUUAUCAUUAUAUGAAACUGAGAGAAUGAUUCAAGAAUUAAUGAGUUAUAAAAUGGAUGUAAAUUCAAUUGUUGUUAAUCAAUUAUUAUUUGCUGAUGAUGAUGAAAAUCCAUGCACUAGAUGUGUAAGUAGAUGGAAAAUGCAAAAGAAAUAUUUGGAUCAAAUGGCUGAAUUAUAUGAAGAUUAUCAUUUAGUCAAAAUGCCUUUAUUAGGUACUGAAAUUAGAGGUAUUGAUAAUUUAAAAAGAUUUUCAAAAUUCUUAAUUGAACCAUAUGAUCCAAAGAAAGAUGGAGGUUUAAUUACAGAAAUGAAAGAACAAUAA